GUGGUCAAAAAAUUUUCUUUCUUUUUUUUCACCAAUAAAUUAUUUUGAUGAUCAAAUCUAUUUGAAUCAAUGAUCAGUCAUCGAUACAUCAUUAGUCGUCGUUUUUUUACUGGAUUUUAUAGUAAUCAUAACAUGUUCAUAAUGGAAAAGCAAAAAAUUUUUCUAUUUCUAAUUGCAGCUGGUGCUAUAUUUAUUCUUUUACAACAAAGUUCACAGAUUACAACAGUGAAUAAUCAUUUUGUUGCAAACAAUAACAAUAUAUCAUCAUUAUCAUAUAAUUCUUCCAUUUCGAUAAUCAAGAAUCAUCAAAAUGAAUCUAAAUGGUCAUACGAUAAAUUGGUACGACAAUUAUCCAAAACAUUUGGAUCAUCAUCAAAUGCAAAAAGUCAAAUAAAAGAUGUUUCAAAACAACGAAAAGAAAAAGAUCAUUUACGUGCAAUUCGUCAUAAAUAUAAUUUUAUUGAAAAAUUUAAAAUUUUCAAUGGCAAUGAUCAGGCACGUGUUUUAAUCGUUGCUUAUUUUCGUUCUGGUUCAUCGUUUAUUGGUGAUUUAUUGCAACAGAAUUGGAAAAGUUUCUACACAUUUGAACCAUUAAAUUAUAUGACCAGACAAACACGUAUCGAUCAUCAAAAUCUUACUGAGGCCAUCAAUUUAAUCAGUGGUGUUUAUAAUUGUGAUUUUUCCAACAAUACUAUUCCACAAUAUUAUAAUCAAUGGAUUCGUAAUCAUACAUUUCUAAUCAGAUGGAAUCGUUUUUUCUGGAAUAUUUGUAAAUUUCGUACAAUGGCCAUUUGUUAUGAUAAUGAAUUCAUGAGUGAUGUUUGUAUACGAUCGAGAUAUAAUAUUAUCAAAACGGUUCGUUUACGUAUACGUGAUAUUGAACCAUUAAUCCGAAAAAUGGGUACUGCGAAUAAUCUGAAGAUAAUCUAUCUGGUACGUGAUCCACGUGGCAUUUAUAAUUCACGUAAAUCAAUGGAAUGGUGUAAUACGGAUCAAUGUACUAAUCUCACCAAUAUCUGUAAUGAUAUGCGACAAGAUCUAAAUGAUUUUGAUCGUCUAAAAAAAUCAUCGAACAUAGGCAAUAAUCUAUUACUUGUACGUUAUGAAGAUAUCACAUCCAAUCCACAUAAUGAGACUCGGAAACUUUUUGAAAAUAUUAACGUAGAAUUCUCACAAUAUAUUCAAAGAUUUUUACGUACACAUACAACAAAUAGUACGGCUGCUCAUCAUCGUCGUGAUAAAGAUAAAAAGAAUCCAUAUUCAACAUAUCGUUUCAAUUCCACAUCCACGGCAUGGCAAUGGACUAAACAAUUGAAUAAGGAGGAAUUAGCAUAUGCACAACGUGUUUGUCAUGAUGUUCUUGUACGUUUGAAUUAUGAUAACAUAUUACCAAUCAUGGAAAAUUCGAUGAUCACGACAGCAACAACAUCAAUGACUACUACUACUAAUUCAAAUGAUGUUGUUGAUGAUGAAACAACCACCACCAAAUGAAAUUUGUUGGAUCAAAAAAAAAACCAAAAUUUUAAGCUCUUUGUGAUAUCCAAAUAUUUUAGCAUUUCAUAACCAAUGGUUCUCCGAAUUCAUUAUAUGAUGGCGAAAAAAGAAUCAAAACGAAAUCAUAACCAAAACCGGAGAUAACUGAUCACUGUGAUAAACACAAAUAUAUAGUAUAGUUAACGUUGUUAUAUUAUUCCAAAUUAUUAUUUAAACGUUUUUUUAUCAUUGAUACGAUUGGUACGAUCAUUGCUAAAAUCUAUCUAUUAUUAUCGAAAUGAAUUUUUUUUUCUUUUUUUGAUGAAAAUAAACGUAAAAUAUACUUGUAAUAUAAUUAAAUCAAUG